GCGGCGGUGCUCUCCUCAACAAGCCAGUGAAGACCCGCUGCCAUAUUUGAAGAGUGCGCUGUUACUCUCCUCAGAUCGAUUUUGUGUAUUAUUGCCGUAAUUGCAAACCCCAAACGGCAUACAUGUCCUGGAUCUAAGCGGGGAAACUUCGACGCCAGGUUAUGCUCGCAGGAUUUAGCUAAGAAGGCCUGAGAACAGGUUGUGAAGCGGCCAACGCGAGGAUUCAAAUAAGAGAUGGUGGACAGACUACCGCUGGCUCAUGUUUUGACGAGGAAAGGUUGUUGUGCUCCGUUUAUACCCGCAUUUUAGUGUGAGGUGAGAGACUCUGCCACCUAGAGUGCACCCAUAGACAGGGGACACGGAAAAGAAAGAGGACCGCCGAGCUAGUGGUGAGAUAUUUGUGUUUUGGGCGAGUGUUUUGACCCUGGCGGGCGCGUCCACUGUGCCGCGCGGGGGAGGGCGGCGCCAGGCCUGCAGAACGUAAACAAACUGCGUCUUACCACCUCAAUUUUGUUACUUCUCUUGGCAAUGGUAGCUGUUUUCGAUGUAUUCGCACAAGAAAUCAUCAUAUAAAGGACCUCUAGACACCAUAUCGUCGAAACCUGACUGAUCUCCCGUGGAAGUAAGUGAUUUUCGAGACGUCAGGAGAGAAACCCAGUUGACAGUGUCUCGGUGUGACCCCAAGAGCCUGGAAACAUGGCGUAGUGUUUGUUUUCCAAGCCAACCAAUAUCAGAUUCGGUAGAACUGGAUGGAAUGAUUUUAUUAACUAUUGUUUGGAAAUCAGUGAACCAAUAUGCCGGAGAAUGAAGCAGGAGAUAUUGCACGUCCAUUGGUGUUAGUCGCAAGGGGAACAAGGAAGAAGAGGAGUGUGGACGUUUUAUUUGCAUGGACUGUAUGAUUAAUAGUAAAUAUAAGAAGCAAAUAUCCUUCGGAAGAGAUAUUACAUAUCAUUAACAUAUUGAUGUCACAAUAGAAACAAGGACAAGAUUUCGUAUAUUGUUGUGUUUGGCAUUUGGAAUUUUAAGAAGGAAGAUAAAAUAGGCUUAAUAGCUAGCAGUGGAUACAUAUUAUCUGUGAUUGAAUAUUGCUGUGAUUAUCUGAGAAAAUUGUGAAAACCCAACCAAGGCCAUUAAAGCAACAAAAUCCAAGCCCCUGAGGAUCUCCAGGGGUCCUUUGGAUCACAGUGUUCAAGAUAGCACCCAGAGCCUGGCAGGUGCCAGGAUAACCAGUCUUGGGGAGCACGGUUGCAGCGGUGGGGCAGGAUCGGGUCAUGCAGGCGGGGUGCCAUGGUGCUGGUGAGUGGGGGAGGGGGGGACGGCUCGGGCGCCGCCGCAGCUGGAGGGAGAGUUGGAGGGGCGGCUGCUACAGCCCAAGCCAUGGAUAAGGCCUGGGGGGUGACCGUGGCCCCCCCGAAUCAGCACAAGCGCCAUGACCCCUGGCACAAACAUGAGCUGGCUGAUAAGGAGAGAGCUAAGCAAAUGCGUGACAUGGGAGGAGGAGGGUAUGGGGGUCGGCCAAACUUGCUGUACGGCAAGCUGUGUUCUGAGGACCAGCUGCAGCAGUUGGGAGUCCCUCUUGACUAUGUCCCACCCGAGGGCCAGCUGUCCUCAUCCCAUCGUGCCCAGCAGCAGCUUCCUUCUCAUGGAUCAGUUGGCGGGAGUCAGGCAGCAGUGAGUGGGGGUGGAGCCUACAAGUCAAUUCCAUUACAGGCCCUACACCGUUCCCCAGCUGAGCGUCGAUAUAGGGACCCAGCACAAGGUCCAUUACGGAAACUCUCAGUUGAUCUCAUUAAAACUUAUAAACAUAUAAAUGAGGUUUACUAUGCCAAGAAAAAGAAACGAGCCCAGCAAACUCAGGGCCAGAGUCCCAGUAUGCACAAAAAAGAACGGAAGGUCUACAAUGAUGGCUAUGAUGAUGAUAACCAUGACUACAUGAUCAAGAGUGGAGAAAAAUUUGAAGACAGAUAUGAAAUAGAUUCAUUAAUAGGGAAAGGCUCCUUUGGUCAGGUUGUCAAGGCUUAUGAUCAUGAGGAACAGACAUGGACUGCUAUCAAGAUAAUCAAGAAUAAAAAGCCAUUCCUAAACCAAGCACAGAUUGAAGUAAAGCUGUUGGAGAUGAUGAAUCGGGCAGAUUCUGACAACAAGUAUUAUAUAGGUAAAGACAAGAUAGUGCGGUUGAAACGACAUUUCAUGUGGAGGAAUCAUCUGUGUUUGGUCUUUGAACUGCUGUCCUACAACCUCUAUGAUCUGCUGCGCAACACUAACUUCAGAGGAGUCUCUCUUAAUUUGACUAGAAAAUUUGCCCAGCAGCUCUGCACUGCCCUUUUGUUUCUCUCCACUCCAGAGCUACAGAUUAUACACUGUGAUCUCAAGCCUGAAAAUAUUUUACUUUGUAACCCUAAAAGAAGUGCCAUCAAAAUUGUGGACUUUGGCAGCUCUUGUCAGAUGGGGCAGAGGAUAUAUCAGUACAUUCAGUCAAGGUUCUACCGCUCUCCUGAAGUAUUGUUAGGCAUCCCAUACAAUAUGGCAAUUGACAUGUGGAGCCUUGGCUGCAUACUGGUGGAGAUGCACACAGGAGAACCUCUAUUUUCAGGGGCCAAUGAGGUGGAUCAAAUGAACAAAAUCGUGGAAGUACUUGGUAUGCCUCCCAAGCAUAUUCUUGAUAUGGCUACUAAGGCUAGAAGGUACUUUGACAAGUUGCCAGAUGGGACGUACAUUCUCAAGAAGCCCAAGGAUGGCAAGAAAUAUAAACCACCCAUGAGCCGGAAGUUACGGGACAUAAUAGGAGUGGAGAGUGGUGGGCCAGGCGGCCGCCGCCUAAAUGAACAAGGUCACUCAGUGUCUGACUAUCUAAAGUUUGAGGAUCUGAUUAAGAAGAUGUUAGACUAUGACCCUAAGACAAGAAUCACCCCUUACUAUGGUCUACAGCACAAUUUCUUCAAGCGAACAAGUGACGAGUCCACUAACACCAGUAAUUCUACAAGCCCAGCAAUUGAGCAUACAGUGGCUUCUCCCAUCAAUCAUUCUACGUCACAGCCUGUGGCAGUUUCAGGUCGCGCCCGGUCAGAUCCAUCGCACCACCACACUCAUACGGGGCACUCUCACAGUACCAUGGACUGUGAGGUCUUUGGUCAUCAUGCAGCUCACCCACCACACCCUGCCCACCACCCUCGCCAUGUUCACCCCCACCAUGCACACCGUUGUCGACCCCCGGACCCCCGUCCACCAGACAGUGCAGGGCGGCCACAGCCACAGGCUGCAGGCUCGAGCACUACAACAGCUGCUGGAGGUUCCCUUCCACCUACUGCAGUGUAUGCUGCUCAUCCAUAUUUACCAGUGGCUCUAGACUGUACCCAAACUGGUUCUGUAAAUCUACCCUUGGCACCAAGCAGUGGCAGUAGUGCUUCAGGUCCUCCAUCUGCUCCCUACCAUUACUCUGGCCUCCCAACUUUCCCACCUGCUGCAUCCAGUAGUAGUGGCAGCAGUGGAGGGCAGGCUGGUGUUGUAGGAUAUGGGUAUCCCGGUGGCUCCUUGCUACCUGUAGUCUCUGGAGGCCCAGGAGUUAUGUAUGAGGGGGCGCGACCACCAGGGGGGCAACUAGAGCAACCACAACCACUGUCAUUGUCACAAUCUGGAGCAGCAGCAUCAACUGGAACAUCAACAGGAGGAGGAGCAACUGCAGCAACAUCAGCAAGGGGGGGGCACAGACAGAGUGGCAGUGGUGGUACAGGAAGUGGUGGGGCUCCAGGAGGGUCAGGUACUGGGGGUGAGGACAGCCCUAUGGUGGUACAACACAGCCCCCUAACAAGUCAUUAACGGCUGGGCUCACCUAGCAACCUGCUCAACAGUGUACUGUGAACAUUGGGCAGCCAAGCCCUGAACAGUGAGACUGAGGAGAGCCUGGCCAGUGAGCGCUAGGCCAGUGGCCACACUGUGGUGCAGGACCGUGUGUGCCUGUGUGAUGUGAGCCUGUAACACCCAGAGUGGAGGCUGGUGGGACCCCACCCACAUUCCGACCCAGCUGCCUGGCCCCUCUCUCUCUGCUGGCGCUGCUUUUAUCUUGUUAUUUAUUACUCGCUGGUAAGGAGGGACUGGCCGUAGGCUGCCUUGCAUGCUGGCUGCUGGGCUGCCUGGGGGCCAGGCUAGCUGUGUUGGCUAAUCCAGUCUCAGGAACUCCCUCCCCCACCGCCACCACUACCACAUAUAUACAACAGUGACUUACCCUCAAACCCACACUUAAUGUACCACCACCACUACCACCAGUCCAUCAAAACAUUCAUCAUUACUGUUUGUAUUAUGGAUGGAUGCACCACUUGUGUUGCAGACAGCUUUCUUACUUUGAUCUUAUGAAAAUUUAUCCUAAAUGAAUUUGGAUGUUUACACUUAAUACUUGGUGAUAUCUUUUCUCUAACAGUUGUCAUCUUCACACCUGGUUCAUAUACCAUUAAUGCAAUACUUCCCUUUAGACUUCACCCUUGCCCAGACACCUGUCAACACCAUACACCAUCUGCCCCUCACUCUUGACAUUGGUACAGAGCUUAUUUGAGAAACAGGAACACUGACCUACACCCAGCUGGGGUACCAAAUACACCUGCACACCAAGUUAGUGAUUAAAUGACUACAGCAAAUAAUUGCUCCACCCAGUUGGUGCAUCACAUCAGCAACACCUGCCUAACACUCAUCACCUGUGCAGCAGACAACUUCACACCCAGCUUGUGGCCAGCUGGAAAAUGCUCAGUCUGAUAGCAGCUUUUAGCAAGUGUAGAUUAUAUUCCAUUCUGUAACUCAAAACCAUAACUAUCAAAAUAUUGUCAUAAAGCAGUUUACACUUAUCAAGCAAUUCUAUUGAAUUUCUGUCUCUCCUAAUGCCCUGUUAACAUCAUACCAAAGACCUCACAAUACCUUCAUUCCUUUAGUGUUUCCUUGCCUUUGUCUGGCUGUUUGUGUGAUUUGGGGGACUCACCAUUGGUAUAUCAUUUGUGAUAAUUCUUCAUUCUUUUGAGUUUGUUUCUCAAAAAGUAUUUGCUCAUAUCUUAACUUUGCUUUUAAUUAGAUCCUAAGUUUUGAAGUUAAUAUUUCUGUGACAUCAGCUUCAUUGUUUUAAACAAUUCGAAGAUCUUUAAAUUAGUAGUUGUAUCUUUACUCUGUUAAUUUUGUUGUGCAUUUGCUUGGUUGAAAGUUGAUCACUUUCCUGAAUUAGUUUAUCAGAUAAUGAGUAAUGAUAAGUCUGGAAAAAAAAAAAUUCUGUUCAGAAAAAAAGUAAAGAAUAGUUUUCACAUAAUUUAAAUAAUACAAAGUGUUAUUUUAUGCUUAAAUGCUUAUGUUUUGUCAUAGAUUUGUAUCAUAGAACAAGAAGCUUAGUGUUUGAACACUUCUCCUAAAGAAGGAAAACAUUAAGUAUAAAAAUAAAAGUGUUUUCAUAUGACAAUUCAUAAGUUGAUUUGGUGAAGAGCAACCAUUAGAAUAUGAUCACACCAAUGAAAGCCAGGGUGAACCCAGUGUUUGACUUGAGUUAAUGUAAUGUGUUCAGAUUUUUCUACCUUAUGUUGUUGUGUCUUCAAGUGUUUUCUAUCUUCUUUAUUUUUCUGUAGUGUUUUAUUGUAGGGCAUUUAUUUUCUGAGUUUUUAAAAUUCUAUAAAAGGAAUGUUUGCAUGAGUUUCAUUUUAGUUAUUUUCAAUUGGAUGUUCACUUCAAAAAAGCAGCCCCACUGAUGUGUCAAUGUAAGGUCUGAAUGAACAAAAUUUAAUGCAUUUUAUGUGGAAAGUGUGACAGGUGAAUAAGGCACUUAUUCUUUAAUUUAUAUUAUUGUGUACAUUUGCUCAUAGUAGCAUACCCUUUUUUGUGAACGCAGAGCUCACUCACAGUCAGUGUGCGCGGUCCAUGAUGUGUACAUAGUCUAGUGGCUGUAUGGAGACAGGGGGGGUAGGUCAGUGUCAGGCAGAAGGUGAGGUUGAAAGUUUUCUGGAUUAUCAAAUCAAAUAGUUUAUAACAUUUGAGAUGGGAUAUUUUAACCCUUUUGAAAAUCCAUGAAACUGGUGAGCUGCCUUAGACCAGUUUUGUAAAGCAAGCAAUGAUGUAAAUGUAAUUAGGUUUGAAUUUAAAACUGACCCAGAACAGAACUUUUACAUGGAGAGGCUGUCCUCCUACCACAUGACCUCAGUGCUCAGUGGCUUGGGGCUGCUCUUAAGGAUGGGACAUUACUUACCCAGUCCCACCAUCCAUUGUGCUGUGUUGUGCCACUAUGGUGAUUUAUCUUGGCCAGUAGCAAUGCAGAGGCCUCAUAAAAUACAACUUUGGCAUGGAUUUUGCUCAUCUUGCAAGGAAUUUUGCAGACAAGUAGUUUUAUGAAGGACUUGAUUUGUUAUCACUGCUUUGUUUGCCCACAGAUCAUCUAUUUAUUUUCUCUUAUCAACAUAAAAUUUUUGUAUAAUUUUGUCUUUAAAAUGUGAAUACACAAUUGUUACAAUUUUUUUUAUCUUAUGGAAAAUAAGGAAGGUUUUAAUGUUUCAUAAUAAUUUGUUUUAGUUUUUAAACAUAGCUCUUCACAUUCGUGUCCCAAAAUUGUCCGAAGUAAGGUAUUAUACUGAAGAGUUAUUCCUGUUUGUAUAGCCCCUCAAGGGUACCAGUAGUUGACACUCCUGCCAGAGCUAUAUUGCUACACCUGUUUUACACAGGAUCUGGUCUUCAGUAAUUCCCUCAAAUUGUGAAGUUUUGUUUCUGGAUUUUAUUAGUCCAAAGUAAUAUAGUGACCUGAAACAGUAUUACUGGUUUUCAAUCUCCAAGAUUUUUCCUUGCCUUUUAAAUUUUUCAUCAUGAAUUGAAAGUUUAUUUCAUUUUGACAUACAAUGUCCUGAAAUGUAUUAGCUACUGGGAAUUCCGAUAGUAAAUGCUACCAGUAUCACAUAGGCCAUUGGUUAUCUUAUACCAUGGAUAUUUAUAUGUCAAAGGUUCUUCAUUGGCCUCUGACUGUUAUAUGCUAUUGCUGAUGGUGCAUUGUUCCAGCAGAACACAGUACUGGCAGCCCCUUCCCUGAGAAGCCCACUCAAUGGCCACGAUGUUACCCAAGGCAAAUUGUCACCGCAGUUAUAUGCAAAGCAAGACUUUGAAUUUGAUGUUUUGGGGGGGGAAUAUCUAAUCAAAAAUAUUCAAGCCAAAGUUAUCACAUAAUCACAAGAAAGGUUUAAGAUAUUAAGCUAGUAGUACAAUAUGUAAUGGAGACCAGAUUAUUGCCACACUCCACUCAGAAAAUAUUUUUUGCCCACUCUACCAUAAUUAUAAUAUUAAGUCUGGGAGAUUUAGAAUAUAAGGUACCACAUGAAGAGUACCAUGAUUCCUCAGUAUCUAGUCAGGGAGGGAGGAUGAGGCUGGAAAUGUGUGGCCAUUGGGUGACUUCAGGUUGGUAAGGGAAAGCUCUCAUUGGCUCGUAGACCUGUGGUGCUCCAUAGAGUGCGAGGUGCCGCCGCCCUCAGGAACAUUCUCCUAAUCUGUGUCAUUGUCAGUUAUCAUGGAUUAGACACAUUUGGAAUGGGACUUUUUGAGAAACAGAAAAAUGUCGUUAUCAGUGUAACUCAUGAUGACUGACACUGCCACUUGUGCAACGGGCAAGGUAUAUAGUCCAGUGCCAAAAACCAAGGAAAACAUUUAGUUUUAUAACGGUUCUUGAUAUAGGAAUGGCACGAGACAGGGUUUUCCUUGUACUGGAGGCUGGUAGUACCUUAGUGUGUGGCAUGAGCCAUGAACUGGGCACUUACACAUUGUUGGCAAAAAUUGUUGUUGGGGUUUUGAGAUCUAGUCUAUGUUGUCUAAUUAUAUUUCCAUUAAUGUCAAGAAUAUAUCAGUCUUGGAAGAAAAGUAAGUGAAAGUGCUGACAUCAGAGAUAUUUACAAGUUGUGGCAUAUGACUUCCAGGUUCACCGUACUUUUCUCCAAAUAUGAAAUUGCCCUGCAUGUAAUAAUAUUUUGAAAGCUCUCAAUUCUAAUCUGCCCCAAUUGAUAGGAAUAUCAUCAACAUGCAAAGAUCUCUUUACCCCUGUUGUAUUGUGAUGCAUUUUUCUCUGCGUGUGAUCCUGUUAAAGUGGUCUGUGUGAUGACGGAUAGUGAUGAUGAGUGAAUCUUUCAAAAACAGGUCAAAAUGAUUUCAUAGAUCUUAACCGACUUGUAUAAAUAAAUAAAGCUCCUUGCUGUGCAUUUGCUCAUAGCUGGGGGGGAAAUGUUAGUUUAUAAUCAUAAGUUGUAGUCUUCAUAAUUUAUACAUACAGAGAUAAAUCAUUGGAGUAGAACAUUAGCUGUAGGGUCAUAAACAAAUUUGCCGAGAUAUUGAGACAAUGACAGAGCCUUGCAUAUCAGCUGCAUUGUGGUAGUUUUCAUUAUCAUGUCAGACUAGUGAUAGAUGCUGUGUGAACAUCCCAAUUACCAAUUAUUUGUUAAAAUAUUUGGUGUUGAAAAGUAAUGUAAGAAAAAUCUGUGAUUAAUGUUCUCAUUUUUAAGUCCGUUACAUAGUUUAUUUUUGUUUUUAUUGGCUAAUGUAUACAAUCAUUAGUGUAGAUUUUAUGGUCAGAAGUACUAUCACAUUUCAAUUCCUGCUUUUACCUGAUUUUACUGUAGAUUAAAAAGAGUUGCAGUCAGGAAUGAAUAGGCAAGAGGUAUGUGGCUGACAUACAAGGCUCGGCUCUCAUAGCAACAGUCCCCUACCUGCCUGACCAACCCUCGUAUCACCACCUCACAGAAUCUAGAAUCUGAGAGAGAGAGAGAGAGAGUGUGUGUGUGUGUGUGUGUGAGAGAGAGAGAGAGAGAGAGAGAGAGAGAGAGAACGGUGCUCAAAAUAAUUUAAAGGAAGAACAAAUAUUUGGCGGUCAGGGAGAAGUCUAGGCAUAUGUGUUGAGCAAACGUGUACAUGAGGGUUGGAAGGGCAGUAGCUGCUUCCCCAUUGGCUUGCCCAGGUCCCCAGAAGGGUCCUUGCUGCUGACUCUUGGACCAACAAGGUCAACUUGCUAUUGCAACUGACCAAACCUGUGGUCUGACGCCGCUAUACCCGUUGCUACCCGUCUCCUAGACACAACUAGAACAAAAACAAAUGUCUGCAACUUUGUUAUUAAAAAAUAAAAUGAUACUAAUGA